AUGAGUGUCAACACGCUGCACUCCCCCCUCAACAGCCUCGAUGGCUUGAGCACGCCGCACAUCAUGGUUGGCGCGGCCCUCGUGCUCGUCUUCGGCCUGGUCGCCUCUGUUGCGGUUCUUUCUUUGCAAAAGUCCAAGUUGGAUUGGAACAAGGGCUUCCUGUCCUACAUCCAAUUCGCCUAUUCUUGCUUUAUUAAGCCCCAUGAGCGUGAUAGUGAGGGCGAAGCCGGUCAGCAACAUGCGCUGGAAAGCUUCUACCGCGCUCAAGCUUCCGUGUACGAUGCCACUCGCAAGAGACUUCUUUGCGGCCGUGAGGAUAUGCUCGCAUUGUUGGCGGCUCAAUUGAAAUACCGCGAAUCUCAGCACCAAGUUUCCAAGCCGGUUUGGGUUGAUAUUGGUGGAGGCACUGGCUACAACAUCGAAGCCAUGAAUGCCUUCCUUCCCGUCGAUAAAUUCUUCUCGCACGUGUACCUGGUCGAUCUCUCCCCCUCCCUCCUCGAAGUUGCCCGCCAACGAUUCGAGCGUCUCGGUUGGAAGAACGUGACUGUCAUUUGCCGCGAUGCUCGGGAGUUCCGUCUGCCUGGUACAAAUGGUGCUGCCAAUGGCGGUGCUGAUAUCAUUACUAUGAGCUACAGCUUGUCCAUGAUUCCAGACUACUACAGUGUCGUCGAUUCAUUAAACAAUCUCAUGAAGUCUGAUGCUCUUCUCGGUGUUGUUGACUUUUAUGUCCAAAAUAUCGUUGAUGUUUCUUGCCGCAACUAUACCGGUGGUGUGUUCAACCGACAUGUCAACUGGCUUGGUCGUGCCUUCUGGCGUGCCUGGUUUGACUUUGACCGUGUCAAUCUGGAUGCUGCUCGCAGAGACUACUUGGAAUACAAGUUUGGAACCAUCAUUUCGGCCAGUGAACGAAACUACUUACUCGGCGGUAUUCCAUAUUACAUCUUCUUGGGUUGCCAGAAGGAUUUCACUUCCGGAAGAUCUAGCAUCGAGAUGCUCAAUGCUUCUUGGACCGAAUCACCAUACCUAUCUGCCGCCAAGCACCGACAAGAGAUGAACGACGCCGUUGAGAAAGCCACCCCUGAAAUCAAGUCCAAGGCAUACGAAUCGGCCGUUGUUAACCUCAGCACUAACCUUCCUCUGCCAUCUGCCUUUUACCAGAACCACCACCAUCGUAUCUACUACAACGAUCAACUUCCCAAGCACACUCAGUUCAAGGACGAGUACAUCUACGCUUUUAACUGGGAAGAUCCUCGCGUUGACCAUCGUUUGUUGAACAUCAACAGCGAGGACGUUAUUUUGACCAUUACGAGUGCCGGUGACAACAUUUUGGACUACCUCCAGAAGAGCCCUAAACGCAUCCACGCCGUUGAUAUGAACCCUAACCAAAACCACUUGCUCGAACUUAAGGUCGCCUCUUUCAGAGCCCUUGGCUUCGACGAUGUCUGGAAGAUUUUCGGAGAUGGCAAACACACCGAUUUCCGUGAACUUCUUCUAACCAAACUGAGCCCCCAUUUGUCUAGCCAGGCUUUCCAGUACUGGCUGGAACAGACCGACGUAUUCACUUCCAAGUCCAACAAAGGUCUUUACGAGACUGGUGGAUCCCGUGUUGCCAUCAAGUUGGUGAGAUACCUAUUCACAAUAUUUGGUCUACACGGCGUCAACAACAGAUUGUGUGAAGCCCAAACAUUGAAUGAGCAGCGCGAGAUCUGGCCCACUAUCCGCCGGGUUUUGAUUAGCAGAAUACUCAACUGGGCUAUCGUCAAGACCGAAUGGUUUGCCUGGAAGGCCGCCGGUGUUCCUCCUCCUCAGCGUAACAUGAUCAUCGAUGACUACUUGAAGCGCAACGGCCUCACUGGUGGAAUCAAGAAGAACUCGGACGUUAGCGGACGUGCUAUUUGGGAGUAUGUCGUUGACACAUUUGACCCAGUGGCCAAGGAUACUUUGAUCAGCAACGACAAUUACUUUUACUACCUCUGUCUCAAGGGCAAAUUCUCUCGACAGUGCCAUCCUACAUACUUGACUGCCAAAGCGCAUGAAAAGCUCUCCUCCCCUGGUGCAUUUGACGGUCUUCGUAUUCACACUGAUGGCUUGAACGAAGUCAUUGCACGCAUAACACCUCGCACAUUGACUAUUGCAGUGGUAAUGGACUCCAUGGAUUGGUUUAACCCCGAUGAAGAUGCCGCCGCCAAACAAGCACAAGCAUUGAACUGCGCUCUUAAGAUGGGAGGCCGUGUAUUACUACGAUCUGCCAGCAUUGACCCCUGGUACAUUAAGGACUUUGAAGCCAACGGUUUCACACCUCGCCGGGUUGGAGCACGAUUCCCAGGAACAUGCAUUGAUCGCGUCAACAUGUACGCAUCCGCAUGGGUCAUCACCAAAACUUCCGAAGUUGACGGCAACACACGACCUCGCCCUGACCUCGGUGAGCGAUCAAGCAGCACUGAGAUGGAGACUCUCACCCUUUAG